CUCUUUUCAUUAUUUCCGAGAAUCAGGAACCAAGGAGAAUUGAUUUAUUACAUUCAUAAUCGGCGAAGAAAGCAUGCAAAUCUAGUUAUCAUGACUUGUUAUAUUCGAGAGAAAUUUCUGUGAGCUUUCAACCUUGGUCUUUGACAUCAUCACAUCAAGAAAUCCACUUAUCUUCCGACUCAACCUUUUCCUGAUAAAUUAUCUCAGAUUUGAAAUUACCAGUUAUUAGUGCUGCACGUGGUUAUUAGCCACCUUUAUUUCGCUGAACGCCAUUCUAGGCUGAUUCCUGAAUUAAUUCGUUGUAUUUUCUACAUUUUUCUUCUCAUUGUAAUCCAGAAAAAUGCAAAGUUUACGCAAUCGUGCUCAGUUUUGUUGGAGCUGGAUCAAAGAACGUUGCAAAGAUCUUUGGUCCAGGUUGACUUGGUUUGCGAUGAGUUUGUUAGAUUUGUGCGGUUUAACAUCAGCCUUUAGCAAAUCGGAAGCAACUGAGAAGAGUUGUGAUAUCAAGCGUGGUGUUGCUACUGGUGAAGUGAUCGUUGAAUUGAGGCCAGGCUAUUUAACACGAAUGAGUGAUAAUACCAAGAAGAUAUCUAGUGGUGCUGGCAUCGGAACACAGGUUCAUAAGGUGAUAAUGGUUGGUACCGGUGGUGUCGGCAAGUCAGCGUUGACUUUACAGUUCAUGUAUGAUGAGUUCGUAGAAGAAUACGAACCAACAAAAGCAGAUUCAUAUCGAAAGAAAGUUGUACUGGAUGGUGAGGAAUGCUUAAUCGACAUUCUAGAUACCGCUGGUCAAGAAGAUUACUCGGCAAUCAGAGAUAAUUAUUACCGAAGUGGUGAAGGAUUUAUUUGCGUAUUUUCGAUAACCGAUACAGAAUCUUUCGAAGCAACAAACGAAUUCAGGGAGCAAAUAUUGCGCGUUAAAAAUUCUGCUAUGGAUUCAUCAAUUCCAAUAAUAUUGGUUGGAAAUAAGUCGGAUUUGACGAAUGAACGUUCAGUAAUGCAAUUACACGCACAACAAAGAGCCGAGCAGUGGAAUGUACCGUAUAUUGAAACGUCUGCCAAAAACAGGACAAAUGUUGAUAAAGUAUUUUAUGAUUUGAUGCGUGAAAUAAAGCGGAGAAAAGGCGGUACGCUGAAAGGAAAUGCUUCCGGUGGUGAUGCGAUACCUCGCGACAAAUUUCGAAAGAAAAAGCGAUGCGAUAUAUUAUAAUAUCUUUGAAAUACUAAUAAUAAAUUCCCUUAUGGGAUGAGAGACUUUUCAUAAAACUUAUGGGAAAAUUUAUGGAGAUGUCUCGAGGUUUUCUUUUAAAAUUUGCUUAUUGGAGUUUCGUUCACUUUCUAUUGAAGACGUUGCAUAUCACUAGCGACAUACUCUAUCAUUAUAUUCUAUUUAUAAAACUCGAUAAUUUUAACAAACUUAUCCAUUCGUUUUUUUUUGGUAAUAGUUACAAUAGUUUUUACACUGUUUCCUUUUUAGCAAAC